AUGGCCGAGGAAGAGGAGGAGUUCACGGAGGUUGACAUUGGCUGCAGCUGGACAUUGACAGGUGCUCUCAUCUUCGCCAUGAUAAUUUUCUAUUUCGUCAACUGGCCGGAUGACGACAUCAAGAGGUACACGUGGUCUAUCAUAAACACCACGCUGUCGAUCUUUGUGGCCGUCAUGUCUUUUCAGGGCUGCGAGGAAGUCCUGAUGGAGUUCGUGAUCCACCCCAUCCUGGGAGCCUUCCCGACUGGCAGCGCAGCGAUAGCCAGAGUUCUCUGCGGGUUUGGUGUCUUUCUCGGCUGGCUCGCCGUCGCGCAUUUAGUUAUUGCCUGGUUUGCUGGGCUUGUCUGCAACAGCGAGGAUGCUUCUAAGCUGAUGGAGAGGAAAUGGGUUGUGGCAGACGCCAUGCGCGGCGACCAUGGUGAGGAAGUGCCGGUGGCGAAUGUAGUUCAAGGACAUCACUCGAAAGGCAUUGCGAGUGUCAAGGGCGUCGAGGUCUUCGUCAGCAGCCGCGCAGUGUUGCAUGAGGGCUACGAGAGGCGGACAAAGUGUUGGGCUAUGCUUUUUGCACACAUGGCCGGCUUCGCAAUGAUCAGUGCCGGCGGCGACCUGCAGCACUGGGAUCCCUUCAUGAGCAGCCCUGCGUAUAGCUGGCUGGCUGUGGUUAUUUGUGCCCUGUUCCUGCUGCUCAUUUUCUCAUUCACUGCACGCUGUCUAUACCAAGAAGGUGGGGAGUUUGCAGAAGCCCGGAAACUCUACAAGGAGGAGGGAAAGGAUGCCGAGGACGACAUCUUUUGCCUAGCGGUGUCCUUCCUUUGCGUGCAGUCCCUGCGCUUCACGUUUUCAGGCAGCCUCCCGUCGAAACUGGGCUUUUACCACAGCGUGGAGACUGAAGCAAGACAAGCAACUGCUUUGUACGUCUCCGCCGUUGCCAUGGUCGUAGUGAUGGUCGUCACUGCAUUGUUCUUGCGAGGAGAGUGCGUGAAUGCCCGACUGAAAAGUCUCAUCGUUGGCACUGCCUCUAUGGGUUUUGCUUGGUGUGUUCUUUUCGGUACCCGGGCAUUCUUCGACUCUUGGAGCUUCCUCGAGGAGAAGAAGAUAACACCAGCCACGAUUGAGGGACGAGUUCUGUUGGCGAUGGCAGCGUCGUUGUUCAGCUGCGCAGUGAUCGUUGUACUGGACAAAAUCGAGGAUGGCUUGCAGGACUCGGACGGAGAGCAGCUCCACAAGUUGCUGAAGAACAUCAUCACUGGGCUGAGCAUUUUAAUCGGCUUCACCUGGGAGCACACCUUCGACGGCUGUGUGGAGGCAAUGUCUUCCCUGUGGUCGGACAAGCUGCUGGGCAAGCUCACCAUGACACUCACGAUUGUGGUCAUUGUGGUUCCUGCAUGGAGAAGAUUCAUCCUGGCCAAAGUUGUCGACCUGCAGAAAAUGCAGCACGAAAAAAAGGGAGCUCAGGCCAAGAUCCAGGACGGCUAUGCGCAGCCGAUGAGCGAGGGCUCCUCCAGCGAGGAGGAGUCAACGGCGCGCCUGAUGUGCUGA